UAAAUAUUUAAUCUGUAAUAUUAUGAUUGGACAUUGUUCAGAUUUUCAUAAAUGUUUGCUUUUUUUUGUUUCAGAAGAACCCAAUGAUUCUGACCCAGAGAAUACCCCAGAGAUAGCUAAGAAAACUAAAUGUUCUGAUCAACCAGGUCAAGCCACUUCCAUUCCUGAUGAUAGUAAACUGAAAGAGUCUGCAGAAAACUGUCAGAUGCCCAAGUGUACUGGUUCUGAUGAUACAGAGCAGAAAAAGUCGCAAAGUCAUGAAGCAAGUGAAGCAAGACCUGAUGCAGAAUCAUCUAAAGUAUCAAAGUCACAGGAUAGCUCAGAUGUACCUAAGGCCAUUGAAGUUGUAUCUUUAGUGGAUGAUCUAUUUGCACAGAAAGUUACUCACCAUCAUGAUAAAUGUUUCGCGGGUUGUUGCAGCCUUUCUAAGAAUGAAGAAAGUCGUAUGCUUUCUAUGAAAUAUAAGUUUCAGCAUAGUUGGUUGGACAAAAAAGUGUCAUACUGUGACAAAACAGGUAUUUGGUGGGCUACUUAUGUUGAAGGAGAGGGCAUAUACUGUUUAUUGUGUAAGAAACAUGACUGCUUCAAUCCCCAGAACAAAUCCAAGACAUUUAACAAGGAAGCCAGCUCAAGAUUACGUUUACAGGCAUUGGAUGACCAUGUUAUGACCCAGCAGCACAAAACUGCUGUAACUACUGAACUUUUACAACGAGUCUCCUAUUUCCAAAAAGAAAUAGAUGAACAUGAUAAAGUCUCAGAUACAGUUUUGUUGAAGGUUUUUAGAACAAUUUACUGGCUUGUUAAAGAGGAAAUACCUAACAAAAAAGCCGAGUCAUUGAUACAACUGAUAGAAAAGUUAGGGUUAGAAGAAAUGAAAUAUUUUGACCAUAAGUCAAGGCCAUCAUUAAGAGAGAUGUUUUUGGUAUUGGGUGAAGCUCUUGAGUGUUCUGUUUUAGAAAAACUAAAGAAAGCACCACACUUUGGUAUACUUGUUGAUGAUGUCACUGAUGUUUCUGUUUAUGAGCAAAUGGUUACAUUUGUACAGUUUUAUGACAGAGCUGAGAAAGAUAUUAAAACAGUAUUUCUGUCCAUAGAUAAUUUGCUGGAAGAGUCUGAUUCUGCUAAUGCUCAGACUAUAACACAGAUGAUUGUUAAAACUUUAACAGACUUUGAGCUUGAAAUUGGAAAACUGUCAUCUUUUGUUUCAGAUGGUGCAUCUGUUAUGACUGGCAAGCAAAAUGGGGUUGCAGCCAGACUUAAGAAAGAGGUGAAUCCUAAACUGAUUAGCAUUCACUGCAUUUGUCAUAGGCUAGCUUUAGCUUGUACUGACACAUUAGAAGAUGCAACCUACUUUAAACAAGUUCAGUUGUGGCUAGUUCAGUUGUGGAAAUUAUUUGAAAAUUCUCCUAAAAAGUUAGCUGUGUAUUUCAAAGUCCAAACUGAAAUGAAGUCAUUACUGUUUACAGUAGAUAAAAGUAAGAAUGUAGCUAUGCAUAGGCUGAAAAAAGCUUGUCAGACUAGGUGGCUGUCUUUUAAUAGCUCAGUACAAGCUAUCCUCAAGGAAUAUCCUACUGUGUUGCAGACUCUAAACAAACUGCAAAGCAGUGAUUCAGCUGCACUUGGCUUACUCAUUAAAAUCAGAAGUUUCAAGUUUGUCAGUGCUGUUUAUAUCUUGGCAGAAGUUUUGCCCCAUCUUGAUCAGCUUAGCAAGACCUUUCAGCUAGGAACCAUAGGCCUUUGUCAAGUACUCCCUUCCAUCCAAUACACGAAUGACAAGCUUGAUGAAAUAGCAGACAGCUUGUCCCCAGUUGAAAAACUGUGUAAAGAUCUUGAAACUGAUGGUUGUUUGAACAUGCUAGAAUUACAACCCUCGGACCAUGACAUUACAGGCAUGAAGUAUCUGUGUAGAAAAUAUAUAGAUGCAUUAAAAAAGAAUAUUGAAGCCAGAUUUGGCAACACUCUGCCAAUUUUGUCAUCUUUGGCUGUCAUUGAUGCAAACAAGGUUCCUGGUAAAAAUGAUCCAGCAUUCAAAAGUUAUGGUGUUAAGGAUAUACAGGUAAUUGCAGAGUACUUUGAUCUUGACAAAGAUGAGCUCACUGCUGAAUGGGGCAAGUUAAAAUAUGACUUGUUAAGGUGGAACUCUGAGGAUGAAGUCAAACCUCAAAAUGAGUGCCUGAAAAGGUUAGUGAGUUUGAACUAUUUCUACCCCAUUCUUAGUGACCUUGCUGAUAUUUUACUGUCACUCCCUGUCUCAAAUGCAUGGCCUGAACGUGGAGCUAGUGCAGUAAAACGAAUUAAAACUAGGCUGAGGUCAAGUCUGAAAAAUGAUAUGCUUCAGGUACUAAUGAAUGUUAGCAUAAAUGGUCCAGAGGUCUCAAGUAAUGAGUGUGAUGAGGUCUGUAAGGCUUCUGUCAUGCUUUGGUUAUCAAAGAAAAAAAGAAAGAAACUGCCUACAGGUAAAAUUUCUAAAAGCACAGCCACUGCAAGUGUAGUGAAAUGUUUUUCAGAAGCAGAGGUUCAAACUGAUUCAGUGGCUGAAAAUGUCAUUAGCAGGGAAGAAAUUUCUGAUAUUAUUAGAGCAGAGUUGUUGGCUUAUGACAAAUCAUGUAGACUUGAAAUGAAUGAAUCUGAUUCUCAGUCUGAUUAUGAUAGUGAUGACUAA